AUGUUGCAAUUUGAAUAUUCAAAUUUUGAGGAUCCAUACGUUUUGUGGGAAGAUUUAAAAAGCAGAUUUGAUAAUCAAAGAGAAGUUUUACUUCCCACUGCUAGAGAUGUAUGGAACAAUCUCAGGUUCCAAGAUUUUAAAAAGGUGAAUGAAUACACCUCUGCUUUGUUCAGGAUAUGCUCAACGCUCCGAUUUUGUGGACAAACUGUUACGGAGGAAGAUAUGUUGGAGAAAACUUUCUCUACAUUUCAUGCAUCAAAUAUAAACUUGCAACAACAAUAUCGGUUGCAAAAGUUUCAAAGAUAUUCUGAUCUAAAUUCAUUUCUCCUCGUAGCAGAGAAAAACAAUGAGCUACUAAUGAAAAAUCCUCAAGCUCGUCCCACUGGAUAA